UUUUUUUUUUUUUUGUUGUGCCUGGUUACUCUCCUGUGUCACUUUUUCGCCCUACCAUGCAUGUAUCUUCACUUUCCCUGUCCCUGACGGCCUUGGCCCUCGUCAGUCCGUGUACAGCCCAUCCUCAGUCUAGAUUGGCUCAGCCAAUUCUGCAGAAGGCCUCCGACACACAGGCUCGCGCCGACGCUGUCAAGGAGGCCUUCUCCCACGCCUGGGAUGGUUACUAUCAAUACGCCUUUCCCCACGACGAGCUGCAUCCAGUGUCCGAUGGCUACGGCGACUCUCGUAACGGAUGGGGCGCGUCCGCCGUGGAUGCACUCUCCACUGCUGUGAUCAUGCGUAACGCGACUAUUGUCAACCAGAUUCUGGACCAUGUGGCUAAAAUUGACUACUCCAAGACCGACUCCACUGUGAGCCUGUUCGAGACCACCAUUCGAUAUCUGGGAGGCAUGCUGUCCGGCUAUGAUCUGCUGAAUGGUCCCGCGUCCGAUCUGGUGGAGGAAUCCUCCAAGGUCGACGUCCUUCUGACCCAGUCGAAGAGCCUCGGAGAUGUUCUCAAGUUUGCUUUCGAUACGCCCUCUGGCGUUCCGUACAACAACCUCAACAUCACCUCCGGAGGGAAUGACGGGGCCAAAACCAAUGGUCUAGCAGUCACCGGUUCGCUGGCGUUGGAAUGGACGCGUCUGUCUGAUCUGACGGGCGACACCACGUAUGCGAAACUCAGCCAGAAGGCUGAGUCCUAUCUCCUGAAUCCCCAGCCCAAGUCAUCGGAACCUUUCCCGGGCUUGGUGGGAAGCAACAUCGACAUCGCAACCGGGAAGUUCACAGAUGCGCAAGUGAGCUGGAACGGCGGCGACGACUCAUACUAUGAGUACCUGAUCAAGAUGUACGUAUAUGACCCCGAGCGGUUCGGUCUGUACAAGGACCGCUGGGUGGCCGCGGCGCAGUCGACCAUACAGCAUCUGGCGUCACACCCGUCGACACGCCCGGAUCUGACCUUCUUGGCUUCGUACAACAACGGUAACCUUCAGCUGAGCUCUCAGCACCUGACUUGCUUUGACGGGGGGAGCUUCCUUCUGGGAGGAACUGUGCUGAACCGGACUGACUUUAUCAACUUCGGCCUUGAUCUGGUCAAUGGGUGUCACGAUACGUACAACUCAACAUUGACGGGCAUUGGACCUGAGACGUUCAGCUGGGACCCGAACUCCAUCCCAUCCAGCCAGCAGGCGCUUUUCGAUAGUGCCGGAUUCUACAUCACCAGUGGAGCGUAUAUCCUGCGCCCGGAGGUCAUUGAGAGCUUCUAUUAUGCUUGGCGGGUUACCGGGGACGAAACGUACCGCGAAUGGAUCUGGAGCGCGUUCAGCUCAGUUAACAAGUAUUGCCGCACUGGCUCGGGCUUUGCGGGACUGACAAAUGUCAACGCAGCCGACGGAGGCAGCCGGUAUGACAACCAGGAGAGCUUCCUGUUUGCAGAGGUGUUGAAGUACUCGUAUAUGGCCUUCGCAGGGGACGCAGAAUGGCAGGUGCAGAAGGGAAGCGGGAAUAAAUUCGUGUUUAACACGGAGGCGCACCCGAUGCGGGUGAGUACAUAGUAUUGUUAUGCAUACUAUAGAGCAUGUAUUAGUGAUAUUAUUAGGAGCAC